GGGAAGAGAGGAAGCUACAAAACCGCUACGUCUGGUAUUUUCAUGUUCCUCCCUGGUUGGUUUCACUAAAUUGGAAGUUACUUUUAUUGAUGGUUUUGAAGUGCCACUUUUAUAACAGGCUUGUGUCUUUUUCCAUACUCUACCAUACCAUUAAGACUUUGGAAUGCUUGGAGUAAGGGGCAGGCUCCCAAAGUGACUUUCCAAUCUGUGUCCGCAGUUCUAGCCAAGUUCCCUUUUAAUGUAUGGAGCAGGCUAAGUUGAACUCGCUCUCAGAAUAACACAGAAGUAAAACGCAGCUGCUGCUUUAAGUGGCACUGUGUGAUAAUAGGACUCUGCUGUUUACUGGAACUCAAGUGCCUGGACUGGUACACGCACAAGCAGUAUAUGAAAUCUGAAAACAUGAGGAUAAAGGAGAUUUCUUUACGGCAAGAUCCUGAUCUACGAAAGGAAUUGGCAUUGCUAGCUCGGGGAUGUGAUUUUGUUCUGCCUUCCAGAUUCAAGAAGAGACUCAAAGCUUUCCAGCAAGUCCAGGUUCAGUCAAAGAAAGAAGAACCUUUGACACCAUCUCUGAGCCAAACCAUUCCAACAUUUUAUUUUCCUCAAGGAUGUCCGAAAGAAAAAGUGAACAUAGAUAGUGUUAUUACUAAGAUAGAGAAAACUUUUGCUCAGUUUCCAAAUGAGAGAGCAACAUUAGAAGAUAUGGGUAAAGUUGCAAAGGCUUGUGAAUGUCCUCUAUAUUGGAAAGGUCCACUAUUUUUUUGUGCUGGAGGAGAACGAACGGGAUUUGUAUCGGUUCAUAAAUUUGUUGCAAUGUGGCGGAAGAUUCUACAGACUUGCCAUGAUGCUGCCUCCAAGUUUGUUCAUCUUCUCAAGAGCCCUGGAUGUAACUAUUUGGUACAAGAAGACUUCAUUCCAUUUUUACAAGAUGUGGUCAAUAGUCAUCCCAGUCUAGUCUUCCUAAAAGAAGCAUCAGAAUUUCAUUCUCGGUAUAUUACAACAGUAAUACAAAGGAUAUUUUAUACAGUAAACAGAUCCUGGUCAGGAAGGAUCACUUGUAACGAACUCAGAAAAAGCAGUUUUUUACAGAAUGUGGCAUUAUUGGAAGAGGAAGUAGAUAUUAACCAGCUGACAGAAUAUUUUUCAUAUGAGCACUUCUAUGUAAUCUACUGCAAAUUUUGGGAGCUGGAUACAGACCAUGACCUUUAUAUUGAUCCGAAGGAUUUAGCUCGGCAUAGUGACCAUGCUAUAUCUAAUCGGAUGAUAGAGAGGAUUUUCUCAGGAGCUGUAACAAGAGGCAAGAAAGCACAGAAAGAAGGAAAAAUAAGUUAUGCAGAUUUUGUAUGGUUUUUAAUAUCAGAAGAGGAUAAAAAGACUGCAACCAGCAUUGAAUACUGGUUUCGCUGCAUGGACCUUGAUGGGGAUGGUGUAUUGUCAAUGUAUGAACUGCAGUACUUUUAUGAAGAGCAAUGUCAAAAACUGGACAAUAUGGCCAUUGAACCACUGCCAUUUGAAGAUUGCCUUUGCCAGAUGCUUGAUCUUGUGAAACCAGAGUGCGAAGGGAAAAUAACUCUUCAUGACUUAAAGAAGUGCAAGAUGGCAAAUGUGUUUUUCGACACCUUUUUCAACAUUGAGAAAUAUUUAGACCAUGAGCAGAAGGAUCAGUUUUCUAUGUUCAGGGGCACUGAAAAUGAAAACCAAGAACUGUCUGAUUGGGAAAAAUAUGCUGCUGAAGAGUAUGAUGUCCUAGUAGCAGAGGAAGCAGCUAGUGACCAGUGGAAUGAUUGUUAUGAAGCGGAAUUGAACCCUGGAGAUCAUCAGAAGACCAACGUGCUGAAAUAUCAGAUGGAAAAAAGGCCUUUCUUUGAUAUGCCUUCCCAUUUGGCAGACGUUGACUUAGAUGAGUAUGACUAUGAAGAUGAUUUUGAAUGAAUUGUUUGUAUAAAAAUAAGGACCGUCUGCAGCAGGUCUGCUAAAUCUAUGUAGGACUUAG